UGUUAAAUCGCUAAACAACACAACUUGUACAAUAAAGAUUCUAUGUAUAAUAUCGUGCUACAUUAUUUAUAAAUUGACAUCAAUGGAUUCCAUUGAUUUUGAUACAAUUAUAAGACAUCCACGAACUAUAAUUCAUGUAGAUGUUGAUUGCUUUUAUGCUCAAGUGGAGAUGCUAAGGCAUCCAGAAUUGCAAGACAAACCAUUGGGAAUACAGCAAAAGAAUAUAGUGGUAACAAGCAACUACUUGGCAAGAGAAUACGGAAUUAAAAAAUGUAUGCCUGUCCAAGAAGCUGUACAGUUAUGUCCAGGGCUGGCCUUGGUGAAUGGGGAAGACCUAACAAAUUAUCGUCACUUUUCUGCUAAAAUAGUAGAAAUAUUACAUCAGUUUACACCUUUAGUUGAAAGAUUAGGUUUUGAUGAUAAUUUCAUGGAUGUCACAUCUCUUGUGCAAAAGUAUAUGAAUUCUGGAAAUGAUUCUGAAUUAAAUAUAAGCAUUUCCAUGGAGAAUCCAAAUCCAAUUGGUGAAGUAUUUGGCCCAUCAAGUGAAGAAUGUCCAUGUGGUUGUCAUGCUCGUUUAAUUAUUGCUUCCAAAAUAGCCGCAGAAAUAAGAAAACGAAUCCAUAAAGAGUUGCAUGUCACGUGCAGUGCUGGAAUAGCACACAAUAAACUUCUAGCAAAAUUAGCUGGGUCAUUGCAUAAACCCAAUCAACAGACACUAAUCUUUCCAUGCAGUGGACCUAUAUUAUUAUCCACAAUAGGGUCUGUGUCCAAAAUACCAGGUGUUGGACAAAAAACUACACAACUACUAAUAUCAAAUAAUAUAAAAACUGUGGAUGAUUUGCGUAAAACUCCUUUGGAAACCUUAGAAAUGAAGAUGGGUAUGGACUUGGCAAGAAAGUUGAAAGAUAAUGCUGAAGGUAUUGAUGAAACUGUUGUGAAGCCAACUGGGAAGAAACAGUCCAUAGGUUUAGAAGAUGGUUUUAAGAGCGUUUCCUUGGUAGCCGAGGUAGAAUCAAGACUCGGAGCACUUUUAAGAAGAUUGACAGAGUUAGCCAUGGAAGAUGGAAGGAUUCCCAUUGCCAUGAGAAUAACAGUAAGAAAGCAUGAUUUCAAUAAGCCAGCAUCGGGUAAAAGAGAGACUCGACAAUGUGCUUUACCUAAACAUUUACUGCCUUCCACAAAAUCUGGUGUCUACGAUCAUGCUAAAAUGCAGGCGCUAGCAAUGAAACUGUUCCACCGCACCGUUGAUGUCUCUAAACCAUUCCACUUGACUCUUUUGGGAGUUGCUUUUACAAAGUUCGAAGAAAGAUCUUCUGGAAGAAAUAGUAUUGCAUCUUUUUUGCGCAAACAAGUUGCUGUUCAGUCUGUUUUAGACAUCAGUUCUGAAGAAGGUAUUUCAGAUGUCAGUCUUGGAUCACCAAUGAGUAUAAACCAGGAUAGCAAUGAUGGUUCUGCGAUGAGUACCACCUCAUCUCCGAUCUCAAAAUCAGUAAGUGCUGCUAACCAAUCCGCGGAUGAUGAUCUGCUGAGUGAGAUAGAACCUCUACCGAAGAAGACCAGAUUGGAAGUGUGGUUGAGUGGGCGCAGAGAAUCUCCGAGCAACGAAAUGGCGGAUCUUAGACUCAGUCCUUCGUCACCUAUGCAGUUGUCCCCGAAAAUUGAUGCAGCAGUUCUUAAGUCUUUACCCAUUGACAUACAAAGAGAAGUCACCCGUCCAUGGCCAACGACUAGUAAACCAAAACCGAAUAAUAUACUGAAAUAUUUCAUAGCUAAUAAGUGACGGAGCUCUGUGGCCUAGACUAUACAUAGCCAUCUUUCUGUACACAUUUCUGCAGUUACAAUAUUAGAUGGCAGCACCAUGUGAUAUUAUGACUUUAAGUUACUAUCGUCUUAUUAAUUUCCACUUUUUUUUUUGAGGGGGGUAUUAAGCUUCUAUAUGCAUAUAUUUUCUAUAGCAUUUACA